GAGGGAGCCGGCAGGAUGGAGCGGCCGGAGCAGGGCCUCGGGGAACCGGACUCCCACCCCCGCACCAACGGCUGCAGCCUGACGGGAUACGGGGCGCUACGGAACGGAUAUGUGCGGGGCCUGCCCGAGACCGAGACCGAGAUUCAUCACAUUGCCCACAAUGGAGGAUUAUAUAAAAGACCCUUUAAUGAAGCUUUUGAGGAAACACCAAUGCUGGUUGCUGUGCUGACGUACGUGGGUUACGGUGUCCUCACCCUUUUUGGGUAUCUGCGAGACUUUCUGCGACAGUGGAAGAUCGAGAAGUGUAACCAUGCAUCAGAGAGAGAGGAACAGAAGGACUUUGUCCCAUUGUAUCAGGACUUUGAAAACUUCUACACAAGGAACCUCUACAUGCGCAUUCGAGACAGCUGGAACAGACCAAUCUGCAGUGUGCCUGGGGCCAAAGUGGACAUGAUGGAGAGACUUUCCCAUGACUACAAUUGGACAUUUACGUACACAGGGAGAGUGAUAAAAGACGUUAUUAACAUGGGUUCCUACAACUAUCUUGGAUUUGCUCAGAACACUGGAAUUUGCAAAGAAGCAGCAGCUAAAGUACUGACACAGUAUGGAGCUGGGGUAUGCAGCACUAGGCAGGAAAUGGGAAAUCUGGACAAGCAUGAGGAGCUGGAAAAACUAGUGGCCAGGUUCCUGGGUGUGGAGGCUGCAAUGACGUAUGGGAUGGGGUUUUCAACCAACUCAAUGAACAUUCCUGCUUUAGUUGGCAAGGGCUGUUUGAUACUGAGCGAUGAGCUGAAUCAUGCAUCACUAGUGCUUGGAGCAAGACUGUCAGGAGCAACUAUUCGAAUCUUCAAGCACAACAAUAUGCAGAGCCUGGAGAAACUGCUCAGAGAUGCCAUUGUACAUGGGCAACCUCGCACCCGCAGGCCCUGGAAAAAAAUCCUCAUCCUAGUGGAGGGAAUUUACAGCAUGGAGGGUUCCAUAGUCCGCCUGCCUGAAGUGAUUGCCCUCAAGAAGAAGUACAAGUCAUACCUGUACCUGGACGAGGCUCACAGUAUAGGUGCCCUGGGUCUCACUGGCCGGGGUGUGGUGGAGUAUUUUGGACUUAACCCUGAGGAUGUGGAUGUUAUGAUGGGAACGUUCACCAAGAGCUUUGGAGCUGCUGGAGGAUACAUCGGAGGCAAGAAGGAGCUGAUUGACUACCUCCGUACGCAUUCUCAUAGUGCAGUGUAUGCCACGUCACUGUCACCACCUGUUAUGGAGCAAAUCCUCACCUCCAUGAAGUGCAUUAUGGGUGAAGAUGGCACAACUUUUGGCAAGGAAUGUGUGCAGCAGUUGGCAGAGAACACCAGGUAUUUCAGGAGGCGGCUGAAGGAGAUGGGCUUUAUCAUCUAUGGAAACGAAGAUUCCCCGGUUGUGCCUUUGAUGCUGUACAUGCCAGCAAAAAUUGGUGCAUUUGGGCGAGAGAUGCUGAAGCGAAACAUAGGUGUCGUGGUUGUGGGUUUCCCUGCCACCCCAAUCAUCGAAUCCAGAGCCAGAUUCUGUGUGUCUGCAGCUCAUACCAAAGAGAUACUUGAUAUUGUUUUAAAGGAAUUAGAUGAAGUUGCGGACCUCUUGCAACUGAAGUAUUCUCGUCACCGGUUGGUGCCUCUCUUGGACCGGCCUUUUGAUGAGACUACAUAUGAAGAAACAGAAGACUGAACUCCCUCCACAUGCUUUGGGGCACUCCCACGAGAUACUCUGUGGCGCACAGGCCACGCGGUCCUUGAACCACACACUUCUGACUAGCAUAAAAAGGACAUUUUUUCACAAUACUGAAGUAGCCACAUCAUCUCUAAAUGGCAUUUUGUAAAUAGUAAAACAGCUUUGAUUCUUGUCUCUUCAGGGUAGGACCCUAGAGAGAUGCUUGACUUUAUUUUUUUUUCUUGUUGCUUUUUUAAUUAUUUAUUUGUCACCGUGAAAUCACAGUGACCCUAGUUGGCACAGAUGUCUCACGUACACUACUAGUCUCAGGAGUGCCAGCUGAAAUGUCGUGUCUGCAGCACGGCACUGUUGUGGCAGCACUUCCAAUUUCACUGUUAGGCAUCUAACUUUGCCAGGGAGUGAUGGGUUGGCCAGUUUGUUCAAUGGAGACCUCCUAGAGAAACUGUUGAUAACUUGUUUAUUCUUUUAACAAGAUGGAUAAUCAACCAAAGCUGCUUUUCCUUUCGCAUUUACUUAUGUCUAAAACCUGAGUUGUCUUUUUUUAAAUAAUAAACCUGUUGCUGACAUGU